GCGUCCGCGCGCUUCUGGGGCGACGGACGCGCAGGCGCAGCGGGGAGCGAGGUCGCGCAGGCGCGGACGGCGUUGGUGUGAGAAGACCUUCAGCGUUGCCUUGGUGGAGCGGGACGGGACGGGGCCCACCCUCGGGUUGGAGAUAUGUGUAACACACCAACUUACUGUGACCUAGGGAAGGCUGCCAAGGAUGUCUUUAACAAAGGGUAUGGGUUUGGCAUGGUCAAAAUAGAUCUGAGAACCAAGUCUUGUAGUGGAGUGGAAUUUUCUACUUCAGGUCAUGCUUAUACUGAUACAGGGAAAGCAUCAGGCAACCUAGAGACCAAGUAUAAGGUCUGUGACUACGGACUCACCUUCACCCAAAAGUGGAAUACAGACAAUACCCUGGGGACAGAAAUCUCCUGGGAGAAUAAGUUGGCGGAAGGGUUGAAACUGACUCUUGAUACCAUAUUUGUACCAAACACAGGAAAGAAGAGCGGGAAAUUAAAGGCCUCAUUUAAACGAGAUUGUUUUAGUAUCGGCAGUAAUGUUGAUAUAGAUUUUUCUGGACCGACCAUCUAUGGCUGGGCUGUGUUGGCCUUUGAAGGUUGGCUUGCUGGUUAUCAGAUGAGUUUUGACACGGCCAAAUCCAAACUGUCGCAGAAUAAUUUUGCUCUUGGUUAUAAGGCUGCAGACUUCCAACUGCAUACUCAUGUGAAUGAUGGUACUGAAUUUGGAGGCUCUAUCUAUCAGAAAGUUAACGAGAAGAUUGAAACGUCAAUCAACCUGGCAUGGACAGCUGGCAGCAACAACACUCGUUUUGGCAUCGCUGCUAAAUAUAAGCUGGAUUGUAGAACUUCUCUGUCUGCCAAAGUAAAUAAUGCCAGUUUAAUUGGACUGGGUUAUACGCAGACCCUCCGACCAGGAGUCAAGUUGACCCUGUCAGCUUUAAUAGAUGGAAAGAACUUCAAUGCAGGAGGUCACAAGGUUGGAUUGGGAUUUGAACUGGAAGCUUAAUGUGGUUUUGAGUAGAACAUCAUUUGUCCCUGGAAGUGAAGAGAAAUGAACCCACUAUGUUUUGGCCUUAAAAUUCUGUGAAAUUUCAAAAGUGUGAACUUUUUAUUCUUCCAAAGAAUUUUAACCCUUCCCACACUGAAGUCUAGAGAUUGCAGAUCUAUCCUCAGAGAGGUCCUUGAAGGCAUGCCUGGAGAUUGUCACGUCUGUGCCACAUUUCAGCUGAGCUCUGCAGUGUUCACUUAAAUAUGGUUCUCAGCAGCAGCGCAGUGUCACGUUAAAGAGUUUGUACACCACGUCCUGCAUGUCCCACUCCACUUUUCAUGACCUUUUGUUAGCUCAGUCUCUGCUGUAGUGGAAUCUUUGGUUUUGCAUCAGAGUGAAAUAAACCCAUCAGAUUUGGAACAGAAUUGCUCAUCUGAUUUAUGGGUAGUGGUUGAUUUGUUUUUGGAAGUGGAGCUAAGUCUUAAGUGGCAUGUCUAAAUCAUAAGUGCCCUCACCUCUCCCACUUCCAGUUCUCACGCCUCCCCUGAAGGACGAGGCAGUGGAGAAGCACAGCUGUCAAGGAACUAGCUUCCUGCUGGAUCCUGUCAAAGUGCCCUGAAGCUGCUGAGGGCAUAGUGGCUGAAGAGAUGGGCAGAGGGAAGAGGAACGGAUGGGGAGGCUGCAGUGGGAAAGGGAUACCUCCAGGGCUUCAGGGGGAAAAUGGCUUUUUGAGUACUGGGUCUGAUAACACAACUGAAGAAGGUGUUAGCAGUUUAGGAGAGAUGUGGGUAGAUAAACACUCUAGGGCUUGGAAUUAGACUAAAAGUAGAAAUUCCCAUUCCUUACAACCCUUCCUUUUCAGUACUGCUAGCAGUUUGAUGUAUAUUUCUGCAGAUGUUAGCAUUUUAAGAGAUCUCGUAGGUGUCCAUUUAUAGAAGGUUAAUAAAGUACUUAUCUCCUUUUAGAUUA